AGGGCGGGCAAGACGGUUAUGGUAGGCAAAAAGGGUAUUUCAUUUAUUUCUAUGCAAACGAAAGAACGAGACAAGACGAUCACGGGACGCGCUAGCGCGCUCGCGCCAUAGAUAAAACAGUACGCCGCGGGGAGCGGCACGCUUAAGACGAGUGCACUGGGAGCUGUACAUGUUUUCGCGCCAAAAAAAUACAAUAUUUGCAACAUGGUGUACAAUUAUAAAAGAAAAACUGAGAGAGCAUUCAACUCAACAUUCAAAACCUUCUUUGAAAUAGAGAUCAAUAAAUUUCAGAAGCAAUAUCCAGGCAGGGUUAUGGACCAAUAUGACGUAGCAAAACUUGUGAGCCAGGCUUACCUGAGAUCAGCUACACCACAAAAUGCUUUAAGUGGUUUUCGAGCAUCAGGAAUUCAACCGUUUGAUCGUUAUGCUAUUGGAGAAGAAUAUUUUGCACCAUCUGCUGUUUACAAUCGUGAAGUACAACCACAAGAACCUCAUCGCAAUGAUCACCAUCUUAACCUUCUUCAGGUAACUGAAAAUUUACCAGCGCAGAUUUUUGAUGAGGAACAUGAGCCACCUGCUCCACCGUGCUCUGAAAAUUUAAACCAGCUGAUGGAAAAUAUUCAACCUAAAAAUGCUGAAGUCAUUGAACAAGUAGAAGUAGAAACAUUUCCUUCUGCAUUAUCGCAGGUAGAUCGAGGAACAGCUAGGUACACCGCCGCCAACCAUAGAAUUCCUGAACACAAGAAAUAUUCUUCAAGAAAUUCAUCCAUUUCCACAAAAUACUCAAAGAAUAACAAAGAGACGUAGACAGCCACAAAAAUCUGAAAUUCUAACUAGUACUCCGGUAAAAACUCUACAGAAAGAUAAAUUUGAAAAAACACAGAUGACGAAAGUUAGCACGCCAAAACCAGACACUGGACAGAAAAAAAAGAAGGGAAAGGAAAAGAAAGAAUGGAAAGGAAAGAAGAAAACUGACCAUAUCAGCGAAAAUAUAGAUUUUUUUUUGCAUUAUAUGCAGAGAAAAAUACGAAAGUCCUCCUACAGAGGACUGGAUCCAGUGCUCACAAUGUCAAGAAUGGUCUCAUGAAUCAUGUUCUUCUUAUAGUGGACAUGGAUCGUACUUUUGUGACAUCUGUUUUGAUUAAUAGAUUAAAUUAUAUACCAUAUUCUUUUUGCCCGCUUAGGGUACCCGUUUUACCGACCCCCUAAGGGCAAAACGGGUUUUUAGAUUAUUUUUUUUAAACUGAUAUUACGUAAU